AUGACCACUGUUAGACCUUUCAGAUGCGAGGAUAUGUUUCAUUUCAGCAAUGUGUGAGUACGAUGAUAUAUUUUCGUUAACGUUGAAGUGUCUGAUAUCGGGCAAAUGCGAUGGGAAUACAGUUGAAUAUCAGAAGAGCACAGUGUAUAUUCAGUUCAUUGACAUUGCUUAGCCAAGUGAAUGGCAUAAAAUGCAACUAUGACCUGAUUUCUUUUCAACAAAUAGAUUUCAUACUUCCGUGCGUCCGUUCAGUAGUAGAUCGUAGAUGAUAUCAAAAUGUGGUAUGAACAAAAUAGUGGUAUAAGAGGCGCAGUUGUUUGUGUCACUGACGCUCUUGCCCCAUUUUGACUUCUUCAGUCAUUGAUUACUGAACAGACCAAGGUAUCUUGACCAAGCUGCAGAAUUUGCAACAAAACUCUUCAAAUUCUAAUUUGCAUUUAAUUAACAACAUUACAACAUCUUUGUAUGAUUCCUACUUCUUUUAAAAUCAAAGUCAAAAUUUUGCAAGCCUGCACUUCACUUGUGACGUGGUUUCUAUGGUUAUUUCUAUGUUUUCCUGGGUUUUUUUAACAUAGCUUUAAGUUUACCCUUUGGGUAGGUUUGUGUCUUAGAAUUGAAUAACUCUCUCGAAUUCUCCCCAGCCCCAUCGUGUUAAGAUGGAGUUAUGUAAACAUGGGAAAAAGUCCUCUAUUGCUCUCAUGGAAAUUUUCUUAAAAUUAACUCUACCAUUUACUAUUCAUUACCCCAGGUAACAUUAUCCUUUGACAAUGAGGUAUUUUAAUCUGCUGAAGUUAGAAAACUUUUUAUAUCAUCCUAUUGGAAUUGUCAUCCCUGACUAGGAAUAAUGGACAGCCAACGCACCCUGAUACCCUAACAUGAUAUUGGCCUUGUCUUGGAAUAAUUCAGUCAUGUGGUUGAAGAGCCAGUGGUAGAGCAUUGUGUGAUGAUCUUGACAGCAAUCAAAUGGUGAUGAUGAUGACUGAAUGAAAUGAGGGGAAAGUGAAAAAAAUGAAAUAAUUAUUUUGGAAAGUUAGCAAGACAGAAGGAUAAAUUUAUUCUCCUUGCCCUCCAAUUUGAAUACAUUCAAGAACAUGUGAUCAACUUAAUUUGUGACUGUGUUUGUUUUCAUUUCUUUUUCCAGGAACUUAGAUCCCUUGACUGAGACUGUAUCCUUAGAUGUAAUUUUCAUUUCCAAAAGUUUAGAAGUAUUAAACCAGUACCAACUUUGCCCAUUUUGGAAUAGAACCUCUGGAAAAAUAAGAACAAUGGAUCUUAUGAUGUAUUUGUACAAAAAAAUUAAGUAAUUACAAUUUAAUAUACAAUAGUUUUUAUUUAUAGCAACAUUUCCCAAAUUUUUUUCUUAACAUUACUGCAGUAUGGACUAGCAUUCUAUCUUCAAUAUCUGGCACACUGGCCAGAGUAUUUUCAAGUAACAGAAUCACCUACAGGACAAAUUAUGGGUUACAGUAAGUGCUAAAAUAUUGAACUGUUUUUCUUUUUAAUAUGUACUUUUAAUUCAGAAUUAUGAUAAUAUUGAGACUCCAAAUGACGCCUUGAACUAGUGUUGGAUAGUGGCUUAAAGUCUGACCUAUUAUAUUGAGAGGGAUGAAAAUUAACAUUUGUGACUUUUUCAUUUUAACAUUAUAAGUCUUCAAUGUCACCAAUUAAAAUGCAAGUGAAGGCAAAUAAGCACAGGCUAUUUUGAUUCAGGGUCUAGUUAUCAGCAUGUUGGACUCUGGUGGGGAUGGGGCUGGGGAUAUUUCUCUAAAAGCUCCGGCAGCUGUCAUCUUUACUGGUUAUGAACCACACUGUUUAUAAUGCACUGUCCACAAACUGUUUGUAAUUGUACCAAUCUAUAAGCAUGCAUUCAGGCAAUUAAAGCAGAGGGCUUAUGAUUCCAACCCACUGAGAUGCUGUAGAAAGAAAAAACCAUGAUGCUAUCUUGUGGCCCACAACAUACAACUUUAUCAAUCUAUUUUGAUUUUACAAUGAGACUAGAGGUACCAUUUUUCAGGUGUAAAUGGUAAGCAUUCCAAUACUAUUUUAAUUUCAGUUAUGGGAAAAGCUGAAGGAAGUGUGCAACAAGAAGAAUGGCAUGGUCAUGUGACAGCAGUAACCGUAGCCCCUGAGUAUCGACGACUUGGACUAGCAGCAAAGCUGAUUUCCAACUUGGAAGAGAUCUCAGAAAAGUAAGGCACUGCAUUUUUGAAAGAGUUAGAAUUAUUCACUGAAUGGAAAGCCUGAUAAUGUAUAACAUGUGUAAGGCUAUCUAGUGGAUAAACUAUAGAUCACUAUGCAGUAAUUAGAGGCUAGCCAGAGAUGACUUGUGCUUUACUUUACACCAAAAUAAUAGAUUAUUGAUCUGUGUCAAAGGCUUAUCCACCUGAAAAAAAAAGGACCUGCUGGUCAUCUGUUUAAGACUGAAUUCUAAAAAGUGACCUGGACUGAUAAGUUACCUUAAAUUAAAUGUCCAGUCCUGAUCAAAAAGCUGAUCUUCAAGUAGGUGUUAUCAGAGACACUGCAUUGGACAUAAAAUUUCCAGAGGAUUUUGUGGUUUGGGAACUCAAACACAAAAAUACAGUGCUUGAGGUUUUCACUUCAACCCUUUGCACACUAAGAUGAGAAUACAAGUUCUCCAUACUGAUCUUUCUACAUUUCCUAUGAUCCUUAAGUAGAGAAUUAGUCAAACAAUCAGGUACUUCUUGAGUUUGUGGUCAUUUCCUUUAUUCUCAUGACCUUAAUGUUUGAUUCAGGGGUGAGAAUGUUGAGAGAAAUUAGAUGUUUAUCGCUCUUAGGGUUUAAGAAAUGUAAUAAGAGGAGAGUAGUGUAAAGCAACACCUGAACAUCCUUCAGGUAUGGAUAAGAAACAGCUGUGGAUAUGGAAAUUUUGUGGGAUAGUUCUUUGAUCUAGAUGUCUAAUGACCAUGUUACAUUGUGAUAAGGUUGAUAUCAUAGAUACAAUAAUUUUUCUCUCAAUUAAUGCACUUAAUUUAUAUAUCUUGAACUUUUUUUUAGGAAAGAUGCUUUUUUUGUGGACUUAUUUGUGCGCAUGAGUAACAAUGUUGCUGUAGACAUGUACAAGCAGCUAGGUUAUGUGAUUUAUAGACGAGUCCUUGAGUACUAUUCAGGAGAUCCAGAUGAAGAUGCCUUUGGUAAGAAUUCUAUUUCUAAUUUGAAAUUUACUCUAAAGAUGGUUUUGUCUUUCAUGCAAGAAACUAAAUCCUAGGAGUGAAUAACUGAGACAUCUGAUAACAGUUGGCAUUUUAUAUGGCCAUAAGUCAUGUACUGAAAUUGGUCAGCUAGACUGCAAAUUCGCAGAUGAAAAACAACUUUCUGUCAGGAGGUUAACCUCCAUUGGAGAAUGGAGUUGACAAAGCUGAUGGUGAGUAAUAAAUUGAUAAAAUGGAAUGACUCUACAAUUGGACUAGGGCAGUGACUGCCAGGACAGGAAAUGCUCUAAAUCAAGGUCCUGCCCACUUAAGAAUCUCAGAAACUGAUUUGUAUUUUUCAACUGUAACAAACAGACAUCAUCUCUCUUUGGCCCAGUUAAGUGUAUUUGGUAUGCAAGAAUAUCUUUGUUAGUUAGAGUUGUCAAGUUUAUAAUGAAGGAUUGCAAAACUCAUCUGAAAUUGGUGUGGUAUUCCCAAGUCCCUGUGGCACACAACCAGCGUAGCAUUCAUACAGAAACUCCUCCCCCCUGGAGAACACAAGAUAAUUGAAUGGUGUGAUAGUCACUAAUGGCAUUUUUUCUCUAUGGAAUAUAGACAUGCGUAAAGCACUGUCACGUGACAAAGACCAGAAGUCCAUUGUCCCACUAAAGGACCCUGUUAGACCUGAAGAUAUUGAAUAAAACAAGGGACCAACUGCCAGCAGAUAGGACUUAAGGUUUUGUAGAGGAAUUGCUUGAACUCUUUCUCACACACCUUAGGGUUAGGGUUAGGGUUAAGGACAUUUUAAGAAGUUUCUGAACACUUUCUCUUGUGACUUUUUGCUAAAUUUAUACCCUAUAACAUUAUUUAUUGGUCAGGACAAAUGUUCAUCUUUUAAAUUUGUAGCCUGCAGAACAGGCGUGAUACUGGGGAGCUAGUAAAUUAUAACUACCAUCUUUUAAUUUUGCUGUAGUGGAAGGCUGGUAGAAAGAGAGGAAUUGAGGGAUGGUCAAAAGAAAUGAGAGGGGAGGGGUAGGGCAAUAGAAAUCGUGUUUUUUUCUACCCCCUCCCUUUGCCGUUCACUCUAACCCUAAAUCAUACAUUGGCGGGCGGAAUUAUCAAUCGAGAGCUAGCAACGCGGGCUCGUCCUAAUAAGAUGUCUAUUAACUCAAAAGCAUCCUUUACUUAAUCAAUACACUCAAUAAAAACAGGUGAUAACAAAUAUCACGCCUUUUCAUUCAAAGGUUUUGUUAAUAUAACAGCAAAUUUUCCUUACUAAUCUACCAGGAAGUGUGUAAAUCUCGUAGGGAGAGUUAAAGCUAAGAUGAAAAGAGUUAGGCUUAACUAUCCUCUGACUUCUGAGUGUGACUAGCAUCUAAUUUCUCCUUACAAUAUCGCCCCUGAAUCACACAUGUAGGUCACGAGAACAAAGGAAAUGAUCACCAACUAAAGAAGCUCUUGAUUGUCAAACUCUCCAUGUUGGUACUGUUG